UUCCACAAAUUGGCACCAAUGCACCAUCCCACGCACUUUGCACCUCUCUUUAACAAACUUCCCGGUCUUUAUAUACCCUGCUUUCAACAUUUUCCUCCUCAUUCUUCAAAUUCAAAUAUUCGAACCUCCUCUUCUCCCUCUCAUUCUCUCUCCAUCUUCUUACUGCGCAAUUUUCUCUCUCCAACAAGUUCGAAAUUCGCCAAAAUGGUUGUCGCCCAGAAGGUGAAGGAAGCGGAGAUUACUGAGCAGGAAUCGCUUCUACUGACUAGGAAUUUGCUUCGGAUUGCAAUAUUCAACAUCAGUUACAUAAGAGGCCUAUUUCCGGAGAAAUACUUCAAUGAUAAGAAUGUUCCUGCUUUAGAGAUGAAGAUAAAGAAGCUGAUGCCAAUGGAUCCUGAGUCCCGCAGACUGAUAGAUUGGAUGGAGAAAGGUGUAUAUGAUGCAUUGCAGAAUAAGUAUCUAAAGACACUAUUGUUCAGCAUAUGUGAGGCAGUAGAUGGGCCUGUAAUUGAGGAAUAUGCAUUUUCUUUUAGCUAUCCAAAUGCUCAGAGCCAGGAAGUCUGCAUGAACUUCAAUCGCUCUGGAAACAAAAAGAAGGGAGGAACCUUCAAGUGUAAUUCUAUGGAUGAAGUUACUCCAAAUCAAAUGAAGAGUUCAGCUUGCAAAAUGAUACGUACUCUGGUUCAGCUCAUGAGAACACUUGACAAAAUGCCAGAAGAGCGCACAAUUUUGAUGAAGCUCCUCUACUUUGAUGAUGUGACGCCAGUGGAUUAUGAACCACCAUUCUUCAGAGGCUGCACAGAGGAGGAUGCUCGCAACCUGUGGAAUAGAAAUCCCUUGGUAAUGGAGGUUGGAAAUGUGAAUAGCAAACAUUUUGUACUGGCUUUGAAGGUCAAGAGUGUACUGGAUCCUUGUGAAGAUGACAAUGGAGAUAACAACGAUGAGAGUGUGAGUUUAGGAGAUGAUUCUGUUCAUAGAGAUGAUACUUCAGAUUCUGGCAGUGAGGUCAGUUCCUCACAAGAAGAUCAGUAUGUAGUCCAACCAGUGGACAAUCAGCAACAUUGUGAAGAAGAUACCGUGGUUUCUCAAGGAAGUGAUGACACACAGGAUCCGGCAGAAGAUGAACAACAACUAAGCCGAGUAAAGGACUGGAUCAACUCCCACAGCUUCAAUACUGUGGAAUACACUGAUGUGCUUGCAAAUUUCCCUGACAUCUCAGUGGUUCUGAUUGAAGAGAUCUUGGACAAGCUUGUUCUCGAAGGUCUUCUAGCCAAAUCUGGGAAAGAUACAUAUUCUGUCAACAAACAAAAGGACUCUGAGUAUGAAUUCGAUAUCAAAAAAGAAAUAGAUGACCAAGUUCCAGUAAAUGAAGAGAAAACUGCUCCUGGCUCUGGAGAAGAUUACUUGUAUAUGAAGGCCUUAUACCAUGCUCUUCCCAUGGAUUAUGUCACUGUUGGCAAGCUUCAAAAUAAACUCGAUGGUGAUGCCAACCAAAACACUGUGAGAAAACUUAUUGACAAAAUGGCGCAAGAUGGAUUUGUUGAAGCUACAAGCAAUCGCAGGCUAGGCAAGCGUGUGAUCCAUUCAGAUGCAGCUGAGAAGAAGCUACAUGAAGUAAGAAAGGCGUUGGAUUUUGAAGCUAUGGAUGUAGAUGUUAAUGCACAACAAAGCAAGCUGAACCAUGCUGAACUUGAGAAAACUGGAAACAAAAGGGCUGAGGUUUCAACCUGUGGUGUCCUUCACUCCAUUGGUUCUGAUAUCACACGCAUGAAAAUCAGAUCUGAAUCUGAAGGAUAUCAGAAUGGUUCUCUUAGGAGUGAUCAGUCUAUUUCAAAAAUAAGGAACGGUAUAAAUACUCCCGUGAGCAAGAACGGGCCAGCAGCAUCAAGAGAGAGUACCAUACCUGGGAGUGGUAGAACCAAAUUAAACGAGCAUACCAAGACUUGCAGCGAGGCUGAUGAUGUAACCUGCAGUAGGCCAUCACAAGACAAGCGGUCUAGGAAGGCGAGCACAGUCAAAGAGCCAAUCAUGCAAUGCUACAAGCGCCAGAGAUCACAAGUUGUUUAGAUGGCGGAACUCGUUUAAUACCAGAGAGUUUUGGAGCAACCAACUUGUACUAGCAGGAAUAGUUUUUGAAGGCUGACUAUUGGCAGGACCUAGCAAUGCAGUAUAAAGUAACUCACUUUUGGACUGCAGAAGCGGAACUAAUAUCUGUUUAAUUAAGUUUUAAUUCAACGAAGUAUUGUACUUAUGCUAACCAGGUUUGUUUUGCCUGGAUAACUGAAAGGUGUUUGUAUAGAACUUCAAAAGUCCCUCCCCCAAAAAGGAUUUGUGCACUAAUGUUGCAUUACAGUUCCCUUUAUCUACUACUGAAAUCUUGUUUUAUCUUCUGAAUGUUAGUAGCAUGAAAGUUUCUGUAUAACUGAACAUGAAUAUAUUUUGAAUGUUCAUGAAACCGAUCACAACCCGUGAUCUUCCUUCUUUUUUCUUCAAAA